CAAGUCUGGACAACCUCCGCGCUUCACUUCCUCCUACAGGAGGUCUCUCUGCGCGCCACGCGGACGGUCCGGCUCCGCGUUCUGGGCUCUGCGGACGCGCCACGCGCGCACCUGAAGCCGUCACAGCCGCAUUUACACGUGGAAGCGAAGAAAAGGGAGGAUGAGCGUGGAAACUUUCUAGACGGGAUUUGGUUUGCGUUUCUAGCAGGCGGCGGCUGCACUGCGCAUGCGCAGAGGGCGCAUACCUGCGGAGACCCGUGAGCACCUAACCUGCCUUCGCUGGCUGUGACGCGUCCGGUCCCACCCGGUCCACUCCGAGUCUGGAAGUAUAACAAGCGGUCCGAGCUGUGAAAUGACGGCGACCGAGAGGACGUACCGAGCACUGCGGGACAUCUUACAGAAGCCCGGGAACGACAGCUGCGCAGACUGCGGCGCACCUGACCCAGACUGGGGCUCGUGCUCGCUGGGCGUGUUCAUCUGUCACGCCUGCUCCGGGAUCCACCGCAACAUUCCCGACAUCAGCAAAGUCAAGUCUCUGCGACUCGGCCACUGGGAGGACGAGGAGAUAAAGUUUAUGACUCAGAAGGGAAACGAGCUGAUCAAGACUAAGUAUGAGGCUGCUGUUCCUGCGUAUUACUACAAGCCCACACACAAAGACUGCAGGGUUCUGAAGGAGCAGUGGAUCAGGGCCAAGUACGAGAGGAAAGAGUUCACUGAGCCGGGGCUCCGGCUGCCGUACGAGGACGGAACCAAAGACGGCAUGUUGAUGAAGAGGGGCCGCGACAACGGGCAGUUCCUGAGCCGGCGCUUCGUCCUCUCAGAGAGAGACGGGACCCUCAAGUAUUUUGCCAAAAUCGACGCGAAGGAGCCCAAAGCGGUGAUCAAGGUGGACACCAUCAACGCCACCUUCCAGCCAGAGAAGACGGGCAACGCCAACGGCCUGCAGCUCACCUUCCUCAAGGACUACAGCACCCGCAGCAUCUUCGUCUACCACGAAAGCAGCAAGGUGAUUGUAGAAUGGUUUAACUCAAUCCGUGCGGUUCAGCUUCACUAUUUGAAGGUGGCGUUUCCUGGGGCAACAGACGCUGAGCUGGUGCCUAAACUCACCCGCAACUUUUUGAAGGAAGGAUUCAUGGAGAAGACGGGUCCUAAGCAGAGAGAAGGCUUCAAGAAACGCUGGUUCACGCUGGACCACAGACGACUCAUGUACUUCAAAGAUCCCAUGGACGCCUUUGCCAAAGGGGAGGUGUUCCUGGGGAACAGGUCCCACGGCUACAACGUUUCCGCCGGCCUCCCUCCUGUGACGCACUGCAGCAGCGCCUGGCAGCACGGCAUCACCCUGGAGACGCCCGGACGCUCCUUCCUGUUCACCUGCGAGGUGGAGAGCGACCAGCAGGAGUGGCUCCAGCACUUCAACGACAUCAUGAACACGGAGAUGUCCCCUCAGGACUACACAAUGGAGGCCAUGUUCAACCACAGGCAUUGAUGAACACAGGCCUGUGGCACCGUCAAGUCUUCAGUAACUGGACACCAGACACACAUUUAUUCUUGGCAUAUUGGAAACUGAGCCGCUCCUGACCUUCAUCUCUGGACAGCGUCGUGUUAAUAUCAGUCAUGACCUGUUUCCCCCUUUUUUUUGGUGGCUGCGUUGUUUCAUACAUUUAAACAACCAUCUGUCAGUUAGUCUUUCACGCUCACGUGUGUGUGUGUGUGUGUGUGUGUGUGUGUGUGUGUGUGUGUGUGUGUGUGUGUGUGUGUGUGUGUGUGUGUGUGUGUGUGUGUGUGUGUGUGUGUGUGUGUGUGUGUGUGUGUGUGUAUUUUAUACGAAAAAUGUAAUUGUUCUUUUAAGUAAUUUAAGUAAGUUUGACGCUGGAGGAGGAUCAGGGGCAUCAGUUCAAAUGUCUCCACCUGAUUCAACACAUCAACAACAGCCUCCGUUCAGCAGAACCGUGCGGCCCGGUUGACUGGACACAGAACAGCUGAUGUCAUGGACCUGAGUCUGAACUCCGUAGACUGAGACUCCUCCACAGUCUAACAGCGCGUCCGUGUGGCAAACGGAGCAUUUUCACUAUUACUGGCAAUGCAGUUAUUUGUCCUUUAAUGUUUGGUAUCAAAUAACAUUUUAGUGAUAUUUUAGCGAUAUUUUAGCAUGUUCCCAUUAGAUUGUUAAAGAGGCUGUUCACAUUAGGUUUUGAUUUGGUGCUAUACAAUAUUUUUAAAUGUGUCUAUGAUUGACCUGCUUACUUACUGACUGACGUCUUGCAUGAACUUUUACUACAAAACAAAAUAAAUGCCUAUAUCUCUAUUUCAAAUGA